CAACCAUUCGUCGCCGGUACCGGUGUUUUUGACACCUUUCUUAUCAUAUACUGUCUCUCUUUCCUUCUUCACAGUAACUGGGGAAUCGUUGAUGAAGUGACUUGAGAAAAGUAACAAGAUCACAACUUCGAAUAUGGAGCCCGGAUACGGAGCUAUCCUUUUAGGGAGUGAUCGAGUAGAAAACUUUGAGGAAAGCAAAAGAACGAUGUCCAAAGGCAGGUCCAUCCUCCUGGCUGUGUUGUGCGGGUGUGUCGCCCUGGGUGUCGGAGUCAUCAUAGGAUGGUUCUCCAAGACCGGGUUGACGGAGGAAGACCGGGUCGCGCUCGACAAGUUUCGGGCCCUGGUUCGGGACGCCGACGGAACAGUCCGAAACACGAUAAUGGACGAGAUUGAUUCGGAGAGAAUCCGAGAGAAUUUAAGAGAGCUGGCCAGGAGACCUCACAUGGCAGGAACUGCCCCUGAUCUUGAGAUGGCGGAACUCUUAAGACAAACAUGGCUAGACAAUGGAUUGGAUGAGGCCAGACUGGUACCCUACGACUUCCUCCUGUCCUACCCACCCAUGGGGGAGAUGGGUGAGAAUAACACGGUAGUGACGGUGGACGGGGUGGGGUACGAGUUUAACGACACUCGCACGGCCCACAUCGAGCCUGAACUGCAGGGAGACCCCGACGCACCACAGUUCUUCUACGCCUUUUCUCCACCAGGAAACCCAGUGGGAGAACUUGUAUUUGCCAACUAUGGUCGCCCACAGGAUUUUGAAUAUCUAGAAAAGAACGCGAGUAUCAACUGCACCGGGAAGAUAGCUAUCGUCAAGUACGGUCGGGAGCUGAGAGGAGCGAAGGCAACAAACGCUGCUGCAGUGGGAAUGGUGGGGGUCAUCAUCUACCCUGACCCGGCGGAUGUGAACGUGCCCGGCUUGCCGGUGUACCCGGACAGCUGGUUCCUCCCGGGGACCGGGGUGGAGAGGGGCUCCGCACUCGCCGAUCCGGGGGAACCGCUCACACCUGGGUAUCCGGCAACGGAUUACGCCUACCGUAGACCACUUGGUGAUGUUGACGUGUUUCCACCCAUCCCUAUCUUACCCAUCUCAUACAACGACGCACAAGAAUACGUGAGACGACUUUCCGGAGAAGAAGUGCCCUCGGGUUGGAACGGUUCGCUUCCAAUAACCUACAGACUUGGGCCGGGAUUUACAGACGAUUGGGCUGCGAGGGAAGUACGCAUGAAUGUCUACACAAACACAUCAAUACAAAGAGUCUACAACGUCAUUGGGAUGAUUAAAGGACGUGUUGAACCAGACCGGUAUGUGAUGUUUGGGAACCACUAUGACGCGUGGGUCCAGGGAGCCAUUGAUGACACCAGCUCCACGGCCAUAAGUCUGGAACUCACCAGGGUGUUUGGAAAUCUUGCUACGGAAGGGAAGUGGCGUCCUCGCCGGUCUGUUGUAUUUGCUGCAUGGGGAGCGGAGGAGUUCGGUCUGUUCGGAUCCAUGGAGUAUGUUGAGCAAUACGCCAAACUGCUCGGAGAACGCCUUGUCACCUACGUCAAUAUGGACGUUGGAGUUUCAGGAAACUACAGCCUUGCUGUAGGAGCAAGUCCAUCCCUUCGCAACGCCAUUUAUGAGGCCACGAAACGGGUCCCUAGUCCACACAACACGCCUGACAAAACUGUGUAUGACGACUGGGCACAAGGCAAGGAAACUCCAUUCAUCGGCGGCAUUACCUUGAGCACGGACCACUCUUCCUUUGCCCUGCGAGUCGGCACUCCUGUCAUGACCAUGGCUUAUGAUCACGACAAGACAGGGUACCCUAUAGGGACGGCCUAUCCUGUGUACCACACUGGUUAUGACAACAUGGACGUCAUGGAACGCUUUGUUGACCCUGACUUCUCGGUUCACCGUGCAUUAGCCAGAACAGCAGGAGAACUGCUGAGGUACCUGUCAGAUGAAGUACUUCUGCCUCUGGAGUGGGAACAGUACGUCCCAGUCCUCACCGCGGGGCUAAACGCCACGGAAACAGACUACGGCACGGCGUUAGAGGAACAAGGCAUCCGCCUCGAUGGUUUGUCGUCGGCCAUCCAGAACUUCAGUGCUGCAGCAGCAGCGUUUCAGGACAUACUGGACAGAGUGGACAAAGACAACCCAAUUCAGGCGCGGAUGGUAAACGACCAGCUAGUUGCGGUGAACAAAGCGUUUAUUGACACCAACAGUCAACAUGUGUUCUUCAAACAUGUCUUGUUCUCCCCACCCUACUGCACCGUCGGCACCAGUAACGCCUUCCCUGGGAUAGUAGAUGCGAUGUGUGGAGGGCCACAAGGCGAAGGUUGGGAGGAAGUUAAGAAGCAAGUGGCUGCCAUUACUUUUACCAUCCAGUCAGCUGCAGAUGCUUUAAAUGAUGUAGACAGCAUUGCUGGUCCAAAAUGGUGACUUCGUAAAAUUAUAGGUGACAAAAUCCAAUAAAACUUUAAAAAGGUCUU